UUGACUCGCUAAAAACACUGCUAAGUGCUUAAAGUGUUUAACUCAGACUUUGUGUUUUACUUGGAACAUAAAUAUAGAAGCCUGACAUCAAGGAGUGAGAAUGGAGAGUUCUGUGUUGCUCGUUUUCGUGAGUUGGACUGCGCUGUUGAUCCAUUUGACGUAUGGCGAAGAACGUCAUCGCACUCUGCUGUUUCCCGAUAACUUCUUUUUUGCUGAAAGACGGUUUGUAAACCACACUAUCGAUACAAAAAAAGUUAAGGACUUGGAUCACUGUGAGCUUUUCUGCUACAUGAACGACAAAUGCGUUAGUGCUAACUUCAAAAAAGAGCCAGAGGCUGGAGGAAUGGCUCAUGUUUGCGAAUUGAAUGACGCAACUCAUCUGGAUUAUGAUACUGACCUGAUAACUGAUGUCAAUUUUUAUCAUCGCGGCUCUGAGAACGCCUGCGGUAAGAAUUCACGGUGCCAAAAUAAUGCAAUUUGUGAGUCCGGUUUCACAUUCAAGGGAUAUCGAUGCUUGUGCCCUUCUGGAUUCGAGGGAGAAAAUUGUGAAAAAGAUGUUGACGAGUGUGCUUCAAAUGACAAUAAAUGUGCUAAGGGUGCUGCCAUUUGUAAAAAUACGGUAGGAUCAUACAAUUGCACCUGUAAGUUUGGAUAUUACUGGGAUGGCACUGAAUGCAAAGCCGAUGUAUGCCAACUCCACACUGUUCUACACGAUGAUGAUAGAGACGUAAGCCACCACGACCCGUAUAAAACAGAAUGUGACAAAAAUCUCAACUCUGAUUGGUAUCGUUUCCUGGACAUUCCAGGAAUAACAAUGCCGACUGAGUGUCCACACGAUAACACGUGCGGUACGACAUUUCCAGGCUGGUUGAAUGGAGAUCAUCCUACAGUGGAUGAGGGAGAAGUAAAAGGGACCGUCUGCUUCUCCAAGGGCUCAAACCGGUGCUGUGAGGAAACAAGUUUCAUUAGGGUGAAGAACUGCAGUUCCUUUUACGUCUACUACUUGGUACCGACCAAAUGCCCCUAUCGUUACUGUUUCACAUAUAACUGAACAUCAUAAAACUGUUGAAUGUUGAAGAUGAAGCUUAAUUUGU